AUGUACAGCUUUCAGUACACUAAUGUGUUCCAGAUGAGGAUGGGUUCUGUUGUUGUGGUGGUUUUGAGCAGCUAAUACACAGUCAAGGAGGAUUCGGUAUGGCAAGGAGAGGUGUUUGCUGGACGACCUGAUCUUUUCACCUCUGCAGUUGCUAAUGGCACCAGUAUGAUGUUUAGUGAGAAGUAUGGUGAAGCUUGGUUACUUCACAAGAAGAUCUGCAGAAAUGCCCUGAAGAACUCCUCCCAAGCUGAAGCACGGGACUCAUGUGCCUCUAGUCUCCUGGAAGAGUGUACCUGUGCAGAGACAGUGGAGAUGGUGGAGACUCUGAAGGAACAGGGAGAUGAGGCUUGAGAUGCAGGGCUCGGCCCAAUCAAGCUGCUGGUGACCUCAGUUGCCAAUGUGGUUUGCUCUCUCUGUUUUGGGAUGACCAUUGUCCACAUCAAUAAUGAAGUGCUGUGCAUCUUUGCGGCAGGGAAUCUGGCAGAUUUUUUCUUCUCAUUAGGGGAGGGGAGAUCAGAUGAGUGGAAAGACAGAGAAGUGAUCACAGGACCUGAGAUUAAUAUAGGUUGA